AUGCUGAGCAGCCUCCUGCCCUCAGCAGGAGAUGGGAACUGCUAUUACAUCCUGACAGCAGACUGCACCUACGGCAGCAAGUACUUCCAAGCUGGCAACAUGUGCUUCUGCAGCGAGAGGAGCUACCUGCGCAACUUCUCCAGCGAGGGGCCCCCGGCCUGCUUCCUGAGGGUGGUCAUGCUGGAAGACAGCUCCACUGUCACCAUCAACGUGGAGCUCCUGCAGCCGGUGCGCGAGGACAUGGCUGCCUUCCUGCUGGCCAUCGGCAGCCACACUGAGCGCCUCAACUACUUCCUGGAGAGGCUGAGCCUGGAAGCAGCACUGCGGGCAGUGCCGGGUCAGAAAGUGAUGGUGGAGGUAGAGCGGCAGCACCUGCCCGGUGUCAUCCGCUACGUCGGCAGUGUCUGUGGGAGCAGCUCCGCCGUGCUGGCGCCGUGCUUCUUUGGGGUGGAGCUGCAGGGUGAGGGUGAAAACAGAGGACGUAGCGAUGGAUCCUACCAUGGCACCGAGUAUUUCAAGUGCAAGAGGAACUGUGGGGUUUUCCUACCCUUCAGCAGAAUCCAGUUUAGUCCUGUAGUAGAUGAUGACUACAUGAAACAGAAACCAAAGCUGGACACAGAGGAGGAGGUUCCUGUGAAAGUGGGAGAUGCAGUUAGCUUCUAUGUGGACGAGGUCCUCACCAAAGGAGUAGCCAUGGCGGUUUACAAGGAGGGAACCCAAUGGUUCGUUACAGUCUGCCCGGAAGAAGAAGGAACAACGGACAUCUUCAGGGAAAUCCCCAUGGAUUCCAUCGUGAAGGAAAGCUUGCAAAGUUUAUUUCCACCACUGGAGUCCAACAUGGGCUUGGGACACCCAAACCAAUUGAAACGUGAGAUAAGCGAGAGCAGUGAGGAGUGUCCAAGUGACAAUUCAUCCCUGGAGGUCAACUCCAUGGUCCAGAUCACCUUGGAUAAGGGAAAUCAGGUGUCGGGAAUCAUCCGCUGGUUGGGCUACCUGCCCCAGAUUAAGCACAAAAUGGCAGGAGUGGAACUGGAUGAAGAUAAGGGGGUGACUGAUGGUGAGUGGCUGGGCCAAUACUACUUCCACUGUGCUCCGAAGCGUGGCCUCUUCGUGAAGCUCCAGUCCUGCCAGCCUGACGUCCGCUUCCAGUGGCCACGGGACAGCCAGCUGAGCCUGGUGGAUUAUGGAGGCCAAGAGGUUCUUCCCCAGGCUCCAGACACUUUUCCUCCUCUGAGGAACGAGGCAGCAGUGCGUGUCCUGCGAGGGCGGAUGAAGGGGAUCCAAGGCCACUGUAAUUCCUGCUACAUGGAUGCAGCUCUCUUCAGCCUCUUCUCCUGUACGUCUGUGGUGGACUCCAUGCUCUUCAAGCCCUUCCCACUGUGUGACCGCAAUGUGCAGAGCAUCCUGCGGGAUGAGAUUGUCACCCCGCUCCGGAAGACUGGCUUUGUCCAUGCUGGCAGCAUGAUGCACCUCAGGGAGCAGCUGACAGAGAAGGGACAAUGCUCCAGCUUCACCAACGCUGAGAAAGAUCCUGAGGAGUUCCUCACUCUCAUAAUGCACCAGCUCCUAGGAAUAGAACCACUCUUGAGACUCCAGUCAGGAGGCCAGGAGCAGGACUGUUACUGUUACCAGAUCUUUAUGGACAAACAGGAGGAUCUGGUGGUGCCUGAUGUGCAGCAGUUAGUGGAACGUUCCUUCCUAUCCUCUGAGCUGAAGCUAGUGGAGAUCCCAUCUUGCUUCAUUAUCCAGAUGCCACGUUUUGGGAAGGAGUACAAGAUGUUCAGUAAAAUCAUUCCUUCCCUGGAGCUGGACAUAACAGAUCUGCUGCUUGACAGUCCCAGGGAGUGCUGCGUGUGUGGUGACGUUGCCACCUUGGAGUGUUCAGAGUGUUUCAAGGACAAGAUGUUCUCAGCUACAGGCCUGAAGCAGUUCUGCAGCUCCUGUUCCAGACAGGUUCACUCCCACCACCGCCGUGCCUCGCACCAGCCGAGCAGGCUGCAUGUCCCGGAGGAGUUCCAGCGCGGUGGCAGCCAGCAGGUCCCUCGCGAGAAGCUGGAGCUCUUCGCCGUGCUCUGCAUCGAGACCAGCCACUACGUCUCCUUCGUCAAGUACGGCCCCGACAGCCAGCACUGGAUGUUCUUUGACAGCAUGGCUGACAGGCAUGGUGAUGAAAAUGGCUUCAACAUUCCCACUGUGACUCUCUGCCCUGAAGUGGCCAAGUACCUGGACUUGCCUCUGGCCGUGCUGGCCCUGGAGCAACCUCGGGACAUGGACGGAGUGGCCAAGCGCCUCUUCUGCGACGCCUACAUGUACAUGUACCAGAGCAAGAAGAUGGCCCUGUACAAGUGA